CAGGAUACUGAGGAGGGAAGGUUACAUUGGUGGUUACUGUUGAUGUAGUGAGCACACUGUUAGUAGUUGUGUGAGACAAGCAAGCAGAAGGGGAAUUGAGAAAAGCAAUAGAAUUUUACGGUUGGUAGUGAAAGAGCCAUCAGACGUCACAGAUAUCUCUUACGCCGUUACAUUGUAGUGGCAGCAUUAAGUGUAGACCACGUAAUAUUCUACAAUACUGAUAUUAAGACUAUCACAACUAUAUAUAAUCACACGGAGUUUUCACAGUAAGUGUGGACGAACUAUGGCAGCGAUGAACCCAUAUGCUUUUCGUGGGUGGCACUUGCCUUCAUAUGCGGACGGGGCAAACUGUGACCGUAACUACCACAUGUAUGGAUCCUGGCCCCACUCGGGGUACUUUCCACCCGGGUCUAUGUACUCCCUACAGACAGACACACCCAAACAGCAUGGAAAUACCGACUGGAAACUACAAUCUAUCUGCACCUCAUCAUCGGAAGGUACGUCUCCUCGUGACCCAUCGAUAAUGAAGUCUGGCUAUGAAAGUUUGAUUUAUAAAGCUUCGAGUAACAGGAAUGAAUGUGAAAAUUCAUGUCGUGAAGACCCUCAAAGGAGUUGUUGUGCAAUAUCGUGCACGUGCAACAGUCAUCAGCGUUUGAACGUGCUAGACAAUACCUGGCGGGGCUCCGAGGUGCCCUCAGCUUUGGACCUUAACAAAGCGUCAUCAGUAACAGCAUACCCCUCGUUUUGCCAAAGAGAAAUGCAGCAGAUUCACCUACCAUCUACGACACUGGCUCCAACAACAGUGACACUGAGGAAGCGACGGAGACCGUACUCAAAGUUUCAAAUAGCAGAACUCGAAAGAGAAUACAACAACUCAACAUAUAUUUCAAAGUCUAGAAGAUGGGAACUAUCCCAACUCAUAAACUUGUCUGAACGACAGAUCAAAAUAUGGUUCCAGAACAGAAGAAUCAAAGCAAAGAAAGUCCAAAAAAGAGAAGACUCUCCGGGAAAACCCCAAGGACCAUGUAUGGGUCAGCAAAUGCCCCAAUGAAAUUACGCUUUACAUUAAACAACAUUUCAUCGUCAAACAAUGAAAAUUUUUGUCUCUCAGCUGUGACCAAUCGAUGUGUUGUCACGUGACAUAAAGACAUCCGACGUGAGAUGUGACGUAAUCUUAGUGCUAGCGUGACGUCAUGAGGACAUGUCUCAUUUUCGCACAUCUACAUACAAAAUGGUCCCAUAUUGACAAAAAAGAAACAAUCAUGAAAUGUGCUCAUUACAGCACUGUCCCCGGACAAUGAAAUUGUCACCAAAAUUCAUAAGUAUUGGAGUAACUUGAAAAGCAAAUUUAGAGGGAAGAAUUCCUUCUGUGAGGUGAUCACGUGACCAAUAUAAGGCGCGGAAACGCUUCUGUCACGGGGUUGAAAUGUUUAAGAAACCAGCUUUAACUUACGUGACUGGUCGGUAACUAUAUGACAACUUAUGUAUUGACUGUGUUGUCACCAAUGACAGACGUUUGCUACUGUGCCUGUUGCCAUGGUUUGUAGAGUAGAUAGGCAUUUCCGCUACAAGUUAUAAUUUGACGGACAGAUUCAUCAUAUUAUGAACUUCAUCUCCCUAGAUCACGUGAUUAUACAUAACGGACGCUGUUUUACCUCAGAUGCGCAUGUAUUUGUUUAUCAUGACUAGGUAUUUGAUGACGUCACUGUGGAGUAAAGUAUAUAUUUCUCCCGGAAAUGACGUCAGUGUUCUGAUUAGAUGUUCCCGAUCUGUUCGAUAGCCUGAUUGUCUGUCUUGUCAAUGUAUUGUAUGUUUAUUUGUUUACUUUCUGUAUAACGUACAGAGAUUAUCGUUCAUUAUUUAGUAUAUCUCUUAGAAUAUUUUUUUUCUAGAUUAAGUUGUGUUAGGACUACAAUGGCGAUUUUCAGCUUUAAUCUGUGGUAAUACUUAUACCGCUAAUACUGCAUACAGGAAAACAAACUACAGAACUUCAAACUUAUAUGUUAUGUGUAAUAAAACAUAUGAAAAUUUGAAUAUCAGUAAAAUAACAUAUCACAAAAAUAUCUUAAAUAACAGUAGUAAAAUUCAGACUUUUUUAUACUACAUUGAAAGUAUACUAUUCUGCCGAGGUUAUAGUAGUGUGUAUUUUCUGUAGUACGAUAUGACUAAGUAGACUCUCUUUGUUCACAGUUUGUUGGUUAUGAAAGAUAAUAUCUAAAUGGUAUUACCCUUUAGGCCAAUGUCCAGCGAUACCAGUCUGUUUUUUUUAAAUUGAAGGCAGACUGGUGAACGAGUUAUCUUUUCUUCAAUGGCGAUCUUUUGAUAGAGGUCGCUAGUUAAAUCAUAAAUCGAUAGAAACAUCUGAAGCCAGACACGUACAUGUUUUGUAACCUUUAUCUUCUAGAAGUCAGAAUUGGUGUUUUCUCACUGGUGAUAUCGAUAGAAAAUGAAAGUCACAGUAUUACGUAUUGGAAAUAAUCAUGGACGUAUAUGUUUGAUGCAAACUUACAUGACCCAUUAUCAAAUUAUCUAUGUGACACAUUUUUUUUUCUGAACACCUAUAUUUUCCUAAUCAAUAAAAUCUUAAUUCAAAUCUUUAAUCUGUUGCAUUAAUUACUAUAGAUUUUCUAUCCCGCUCCUCAAUUUCGUAAUAUUUAUUAAUUUAAAAGCGGUUUAGUCGCUCUAAAUCAAACUUAUCAGUUCCACAAACUUUAAUUGAAACUGCAAUUACCAUGUUGAAUGGAAACCAUGCAUGAAUUACGAAACGUCUUAAUCUGAAACAUAUAAAGAAAAAUGGGAAAUAAAAGAAAACAUGAGAUUGAAGGUUCCGCACGAGUUUGGGAUAUGAAUAAUCAUUUGACUUGUAAUAAUUGAUAUAUUAUAUAAACCUUGAUUGACAGCUAUAGAUCUCCGACCACGUGGUGGUCAUUGAAACGGAAGUCAGUGUGUUGUAACCACAUAUAUAUGUCAUGUUAACAUUGUUAAAUAGUUCAUCAAUUUAUUUAUUCCACUUAAUUCGUUAUUAGGUCGUCAGCAACAAAUUAGUCCCGAUCAAAGAACAUAAGAUAGAAAUUCAAGAAUUUGUCAAAUAUGUAUUUUUAAUCAUGAUCCAUAAUGUUUAUCUAGGUUUAUUUGUAAUAAUUUUAAAAGAAAUGUAUAUCAGUUCGAACUAUCAUAAAUGGAAUUUAAGAUACCUUAAUGUAUGAAAUGGGCUUCUUGUGAUUGACUCGGGAAGUUUAAAGAGUAAAUUCAACAGCGGGGUUCAAUAUUCCAAAACUGCUGUAGAGUAUAUUAGGCUAAUACUUCAUUUAAGAUAAUUUUUUAAUAUCUUCAUAUAAAUUGGAACAGUUAUACGAUGUUUUAGAUAGUAAGAACUGAAAUAUAACUACGAAUUAUUAACUCAGUACUAAAUGAACUCAUCACACUUUCAUGGAUUACACCACUCGUUCAUGUGAUGUUCCUAGUUUUGUGAGUAGCUAAGUGAUUCCUAAUUAUGGGUGUAUGAAUGACAGUGUGUACUGUAGAGUAAGUUAUGUAUCCUUUAAAGUGCUAUCUUACAUCUCCAAGUAGAGAUGUGACGUCAUUUGUGUAUUAAAUACGAAACAUUUCAAAUGAAAAAUAAAGCAUAUAUACUAUG